GAAAGUUGGCCAAGACUUUCCUGGCGGCGCUUCCGAGGCCACGAGCGCUUCGUCGUCGUCGCCAUGGACGCCCUCAAGUCCGCCGGACGGGCGAUCAUGCGGAGCCCCAGCAUCGCCAAGCAGAGCUGGGGCAGCGGCAGGCACAAGAAGCUCCCAGAAAACUGGACUGACACCAGAGAAACCUUAUUGGAGGGAAUGCUUUUCAACCUGAAAUACUUGGGCAUGACGCUGGUUGAACAACCCAAAGGAGAAGAGUUAUCUGCUGCGGCUGUCAAAAGAAUUGUAGCAACGGCAAAAGCCAGCAGUCGAAAGCUCCAGAAGGUAACUCUGAAAGUGUCUCCCAGAGGGAUAAUCCUUAGUGACAGCAUAACAAACGAACCAAUCGAAAACAUCUCAAUAUACAGGAUAUCCUAUUGCACGGCAGAUAAAGUCCAUGACAAGGUGUUUGCAUACAUCGCCCAGAGCCAACAUAAUGAGAACCUGGAGUGCCACGCUUUCCUCUGCGGCAAACGGAAAAUGGCUCAAGCCGUCACCCUCACGGUUGCUCAGGCGUUCAAGGUAGCAUUUGAAUUUUGGCAGGCGUCCAAGGAAGAGAAAGAAAAGCGAGAGAAGGCCAUCUUGGAAGGAGAGAGCGUCAGCAGCCCAAGCUCCGAUAGCUCAGCCUCCCCGAAAGGAUCGGUCACCACUGGGAACCUGCUAGACCUGGAGAACGUUGCCAAGACUCCUCUGACCGCAAACGCCAACUCCAUGCACUUAGACGGCAGCAUCUUCAGGCCACAUUCAUCAGAAAACAACAACAUUGCUUGGCCAAUGGAUGACGGGCUGGAUGAAGCGUUUUCAAGACUGGCGCAGUCUCGAACUAACCCCCAAGUCCUCGACAUUGGCCUGACUGCUCACGACAUCCAAAGCGCCGAAAACCUCUCGCCUGUAGAUUGGGACAAAGUCGAUUCCACGACAGCGGCCGAAAAAGACGACCACCUCUUUGGCUUCUGACACCUCCUCUUCCUUUUCUCCCGACAAGCUUUUUCAAGUUAAAUAACCACUAAGCGAGUCGUCCCCAAGGCAGCACUCUCCAGAUGUGUCGGACAAUUCCCAUCCUCGCCAGCCUGGCUGGGAGUUGUAGUCCCAACACGUCUGGAGGGUGUCAGGCUGGGGGAAAGCCUACACCAAGAACUUGAUGCACUUCAUUCUGGGUGAUUUUAACUGGAGGGGGUUCCUUAAAAGAGGGGAAGGGAAGGCCGACAUUGGGUUCAGAAUGGAUGCUCUGAUGACAACUCUUUUGACCAAAGUUUUAGAUACUUUUUAAUACAUCUUUAUAUAUGGAAUUUUCUAUUUGGGUCUUUUUGCUUUUAUGUAUAUGCUGAGAUGCUCCUUGAGUAUAUUUAUUCAUGAACCUUUUCCGUUUACAUAUAUUAUGGAAAUGAUGUGGCAUCAUCUAACUCAUCGUUACAGUAUUAGGCCGCUUUCCCCACUGGAAUAUGCACGGUCGGCUGUGCAGCACCAAAGUGAUCUGGAUUAUUCAGCCUUGUCCUGUUUGGACAGACUAGACUUGUCUUCAGCCUGGUCCGUCCAAAUAGAAGACAACAUGGGAAAUUUGUUCCUGCAUUUUGUUCCUGCAGUGGGUGGAUCGCCUGGUUGAGUACUUGCCAUGGCAUUUUUAAAAAGCACAAAGAAAACUAGAUCUCAGGGAGAAGUAUUCUAGUUUAGGCUUCUCCCUGACAUGCUUGUUUGCUUUAUGCAGGGAAGAGGUUUGGGGAAGGGAGUGUUCAAACAAGUGUCCACUGCUGCCUCCUUUCCUUCCCCCCCCCCUUUUUUUUAAAUGUACCUUUCUUUUGUGUUAGUUUUCUUUCUGUCAGGCAGAAAGACAGAGUCUUUGAAAGAGAUACUUAAAAAAUUCUUUGAUACAGCCCCGGGACAGUUUCACCACCUCAGGUCCUGUUUGUGUUGUAGAUACAAAAGAGGGCAGGUCUCCCACAGAUUUGACUGUUGUGAUGAAGAGGGAAAUUCACCAGGUGCUGCAGGCAUACAAGUGACCCCUGCUGAAAUUCCCCUUUUCUGUACAACUGUUAAAGAUACGGGAGCCCUGUCCUCCUUUCCAUAUGGCCACCUUACACAAGCAACUGGGAGGGUUGUGAGGAAAGAAGAAAGGGGCACAGAUGUCAGAGAGAGAAGGUGACAGGUGAGCGCCUCCAGAAGAGGCCUUUUGUGCGGAGGGGAGAGGCUGGAAAGGCCUCUUUUGCCUCUGCAUCUGCUAAGUCUUGUGACAUUGUGUUGACCCUUCGUGGACAUGAACUGCCGCCUUGAUGAACAAUGCCUUGAAUCUCUGUUCUGCGUUCUUACACUCCUUCAGAGGGGUUCGCUAUGUUUGCACUCUUCCUCCUUCCCCCAAAAGGGGGGGGUCUCUUAAGUUUUCUUUUAAAAAAAGGGUUUGGGGACCAAUGUCUGCUUAUGUUUAAGUGACUUCAAAAGCAACUUCCAUCCUAUUGCGUUCUUCCUGAGUAUUUCCCCCAUGCUGGGAAUCGAGAGAUUGUGAUAGUUGAUAAUAUUGAAAAGAACAAACAUUGCCUUUUGAAUUUUUAGUGAACCACAUUAGGGUUCCUUCCUUCCCCAUCCCUUUCUUUUUAUUUCUCUUCCUACCUUUCUUUCAGAAUGGAAUUGGCAAACCUUGAAUAAAGAUUUGUAGCUUUGCACUUUAAAACACACACACACACACACACACACACACACACACACGGGGGUGGGUGGGGUGUCUAAUCUACACCAAGCACGAUAUUGCACUAUGAAAGCAAUAUAUAAAAGGCAGGAGCCACACCAAGCAGGAAAUAAUGAUAAUAAUAAUAAUAAUAAUAAUAAUAAUAAUAAUAAUAAUAAUAAUUUUAUUUCUUACCCGUCUCUCCAUCCUGAUCGAGGCAGGGAACAACAGUAAGUGUAAAAUACAUAAAAUACUGAUUAAAAACAUAGUAUACAUUGUUAAAACUUCCUAAAAACAUCCUAAAAACAUCCUAAACUACUGUAGUAUAUGGUAGGUGUCAAUGGGCCUCAACAGUUGUCAGUGCACUAUAAAGCAGUCGUGUGGCUCCUGCCUUUUAUAUACCGCUUUCAUAGUGCAAUAUCCUGCUUGUUGUAGAUGAGGCCAGAGAACUUGAACUCAAACUAUGGAUUCAAUUGUCAAAAUUUAUAUUGCUCUGCUGUGACCCUUUCCUCUUUCUCUUGCCCUUUUAAACGUACUUCUUCCCCAAAUGCACGCCAUCUGUAAGGUGUUCUUCCUAAAACUGAUCUCUUGCUCCCGUGCAGUAGCAAAACGUUUGAAGACACGUCCAUCACAUUGAUGGAGAAGACGAACCAUUUCGCUUUCAGCAUUCUCGCUUUCACAUUUGCCACCUAGGAAGAACUCAAUUGCUGAGGUCUGGCUAGCGAUUGGGUAAUGGUAUGUUCGCGCCCACAUUUCUCCUUCUACCCACCUGCAACUCUUGCGAAGGCUUAGAAAAGAAUAUCUCAGUCUGAUUUCUCUUUUCAUAAGGCUCCGGAUUUAGAAAACUAAAUAAUGGAGGAAUCAGGAUUGCGGUCAUUAAGAGAUUAUGUUUAACAGUGAUCCUUUAUGUUUAACAGUGAUCCUGAAUAGCUACGCUGCUACACAGUUUGCCAUAUUUGUGGCCUUUUUGGAAAUUUACUAAUCUGUUUUAUAGGUUUGUAAUUGACUUUUGAGAUGCUAAUUUAACUUUCCCUUAAACCCUUGUUUAUAACUCUGCUAAUGCUGCAGUUGGGCAAAGUAAAACUCGAAUCAGGCUGUCUAUUCAGAGUAUGGCAGGCAGAUGAAUUGGUAACCACAGAGUUUGGAAGAUUGGGUCAGAAGCUCUGGGCGGGGGGAGAAAGUGUUCAAACAAACUUCCUUCAUCUCACCAAAAACAAACUAUUGCCACGUGCCCAAGUUUGGAAUCAGUUACCUAGGGAGGUUGUGGGCUCUCCCACACUACAGGCCUUCAAGAGGCAGCUGGACAAGCAUCUGUCGGGGAUGCUUUAGGGUGGAUUCCUGCACUGAGCAGGAGGUUGGACUCGAUGGCCUUGUAGGCCCCUUCCAACUCUGCUAUUCUAUAAUUCUAUGGCACAAAACUCUUCUAUUGGGAUUGGCAAUAUAUGAGCCCCAUUGAAGACUUCUACUAAAACCGUGUAUGUUGGUCUAUAUAAAUCAGGGGUAGUCUAUAUAGACUUGCUGCCUUCCAGAUGUUUUGGACUGCAACCCCCAUCAGCCAGCAUUGCCAAUGAUCGGGGGAGAUGGGGUUGUAGUUCAAAACAUCUGCAAAGCCCUGGGUUGCCUACCCAGACAUAGUAUCCUCAUCUGUGCAAAGGUAGCUGUAGUUAAGUGCCCCAAACAGAAGCUUCAUCUGCAUGUUGACUGGGAUGAAGUGGCAGAAUGGAUUGUACCCCUUUAGGCUGUGAUGGCGAGGGAGAUCCCUGUUCUGAGUGCUGCCCGUGGAAAAACAAAGCCCCGAAGCGAAACAUCUAGCACAUCGAGGAGAAAAAUGCUAGCCCUGGCCAGGUCUCACUUUGAUAGUUUUCUACUAGCAUGGAGUUUUUUCAAGUAGAAGAGAAUUUAAAAUGGUAAUUUGUUCCACAAACGCACAGUCUGAAGCAGUGGACUUUAUUUUAACACUUCAGAUUUCUACCACCACAUUCCUUUGCAUGUGUAGGUCAGCCUUUAGGUGCAAUCCUAUGCAUAUUCAGACAGAAUAUGCAUAGGAUUCCAUAGCUGGGGCACGCUGGGAGUUGCAGGACUUUCUUUCUGUCUAAACAUGCAUUGGACCGUGCCUUUAAUAUGCUAGGGAGGGGAGGUAGCCGAGAACAUUCUAAACAAUUUUU